AUGGUUCUUGUUUCAUCCAAGCUCUUAAUCCAGGCACAUGGCGUGCUCCUGAUGGUGAUCGCCGGGUAUCUGGUGAAGAACCCGGCACUGAUCACCACCUCGGAUCUGGUGUUUAUGAUGGGGGAAGCCCUGAAAAUUGAUUUUCCCUCCCUGACGAGUUCACAACAAUCCCCCUUCACUUUUUGUGCCGUCUUGCUUGGCGUCGAAGCUCUGAUCGACCUCGUUCUCUUGUCCAACCUUCCGUUCCACGAAGCCCUUGACGAAGCCCUGCCGUAUAUUCGACCCCUGCGAAAUGGGAACCUCCCGGCCGAGGACCUCCAAGUCCUUUCGCGACUGCCGGAAUAUAUCACCAAGUCCUUGACGAUGUACUGGAAUGUCUGGAUUGCGGUUGCCGCGACUCGUUUCGUGGUAUAUGCGGCUCUGUCGUUCUUCAUUUACCAGAGCAGAGGUAGCCACUUGGUAUCUUCGUACACCACUGCCGCGGCGGUGUCAGGUAUUGAUAUCUUGAAAAACCGGGUGGUCUUUACCUUUGGAUUCAUGGAGAUGAUGUUUUGGUUCUGGGUUUUCGCGACGCUUCGCGAAGAACGCCAGGAGAGAUUGACCAAGCUGCUCGAAGACGUUCGCGAAAACUAA